UAUAGCAACGCACGCGGAAAUUGGAGCCAGGUGUGAAUGGGAGUUCAGCAUAGCGGUUCAUUUUCACGUUCACACCAUGGCGUUAACAGUUAUAUCCGCAAAAUACCCCCCGCAAAUUGAUGUUACGCGAACACCAUUAGCGUAUGGAGAUCGGGCAAUACCAAGACUGAACCGUGAACUGAAUGAUGGCACAUUGCUUGUUCGUCAGAGAGCUGUCAUGUCACUUUGUGAUUAUCUGCAUGACCCAGAGCACAUAGCUGAGGCACUUAGAUGUGGUAUCGCUCAGAGUCUAAAGCAACUUUUAGGAGAUAGUGACAUCACAGUAAGGCAGAAGUCGACAGAGAGUCUAUUUGUCAUCGCAGGUCAUGCUAUCGGCAGGGAUGCUUUCCUGGAGCAUGGUAUCAUCAUGCCGAUAUCCAAACUGUUUGAUGAUAAAGAAGAUAUUGCCAGGAAGAAUGCACACAAAGCUAUUGAAAUGAUAUCAGAAACUGCUCCAGGUGCUGAGGGUAUCGUGACGGGAGAUUUAGUUGCUACGUUGGUGAAGAAGUUGCAGUCAGAAGUGGAGGAAAUCAAGGAGCUGAUCUUGGACACCCUGCACUACUGUAUGCGUGUAGAUACAAAGAAAGCUCUGGCAUCUGGCGCCAUGGAAACAUUUACCCAACUUCUCUCUCAUGAGUCCGAGGUGAUCCGAGCUAAGGCGGCACGCGACAUCAUGGACCUCAGUGUUCCUCUUGAUGGCAAAAACAAAGCAGUGGAAGUAGAGUCUGUCGCUGCCCUCGUCAAGAUGCUGAAAGACGCCACGCCGGAUGUCCGAGCUAAUGCUGCAGGAGCCUUGAUGACAAUAACGAUCACAACGAAAGGAAAGUACACAGCUAUUAAAGACAAUGCUAUCCAACAGCUAGUGGAGCUUGUCGAGGAUCCCAUCAGCGAGGUGCGACUCAACGCUCUGAAGGCUCUUACCUGUCUGUCAGAGGCCCCCGCGGGGAGGGAGACACUACUCAAACACGUGGAUCUGAUCAAGGCCAGAACAGAGGAUGAAAUCCCAGCAGUCGUGAAAGCUGCCCAGAUCGCUGUCAAAGUCAUUACGUGGAAGCCCUAGGAUUCAUCUAGCCAUGUUAUGUUCAGAUUCAAAACCAUUAAGACAGGACAUCUCUGAAUGUAAUGAUUAUGUCAUAAAAAGUCCUUACUUUAAGCUUCAUGUCCUGUAAAAGUGUUAUACUUUCUGUGGAAAUCCUUAUUCCGAUCAUUUUGGAAACAAAAUAAUUGCAGUUUUUGAUUGAUUGCAUUGUUUUGCUUUUAAAAUGAGUUUAAGCAAUAUUAGAUCGUUACAUUUUAUUGUACCGACUGUGUCUUACGAAGCCUUGUCUGUCUGUUGUAUUCCUGGUGGUAUUGUAUUACAUACAAUUUGGCCUCUGGAAUACAAUAUUUCCUGUUGCCUUGAACAAAAUGAAUGGUGAAAAUUGUUGUGAGAAGUUGAGGAACUUGCACAUAUAUUUUGUUUAUGUACAAAUCAUAUAUUCCAUAGCUGGUAUGAUAUUGUGAAAGUAUUUAUUAUGUAUAUAUUAUAUGUACAGUAAUAUACAACCCUUUGUGAAUAAAUGUAUAUCUGUUGA